UUAUCUCGAGUAGAGAGGUGAAGAACUCUUUUCUUCUCGUCAUGAAAGCUUUAUCUGUUUUAGCACCGUCGUUAGUUUUGUUAGUUGUCAAGGCGACGUUUUCGCAUGGUAGAGAGGAAGGCACGGGUCUACCGCACUACGAAGGAAGAAUGGAGUCCACAGAACAAAGCAGUUAUAUCGAUAAGAGAGGAUAUGAAGAGGAAGUACUGAGUGUUGAUUCAGAUGUCAAGGGUUUGCAAUAUAAGACUGUAAAAAAACAGGCGGAGAGAUUAAACGACGGAAGAGUCCCAGAAAAGGUAUGGAAGCCAAUUAAAAGUCCUCGGAAACGAUCUCAUCCAUACGACUGUCCUCCUGGAUGGAUUUCACCGUGGGAUUACGCUGGUUCACACGGGCUAUGCAGCUCAAAUUGUGGCAGCUGUGAUGCAGGCUUUGGUGGGGACGGAUUUGACUCCGGGUGUGGAUGUGAUGAGUGCGUCGGAUGUGGUGGAUGUUGUGGUGGUUAUGGUGGAUGUGAAUGCGGUAAAUUCCAUGGUGGGGUUUUUCGUCCGGGUGGUCGACGUUUCCCGCGGCUGUUUAACGAAGGGGGUGUUCAGCACGUUUGGUUGAGAGAUGGCCGAACACGAAGAUACAUUCCUUCUCCGUUGCUGAUCCCGCGAAACUUUCACCGCUGAGCUAUGUACUUCUCUCUUAGGAAUUUCUACAUUGAAAUUGCAAAUCCUUUUUCCAAAAGUUGUAAGAUAAAAAGUACGUAC